UUGAACCCUGUUCGGCUACAUACAAGGCAAAUGCCCUUCCUGCUUGCCCAGUAACACCCCAUUUUAAUUCCUGCUCUUUAGGGAAGUGAAGCCUCACUCAAAUGAAUUUUCUUCAUAAUUGAAACUUACUGUCUUAACUUUUUCUUUCUGUUUUGUUUUGUUUUGUUUUGUUUUUGACCACACCCGGCAUUGCUGGCUCUGUUCUUAGGACUCAGAGGAGCCAAGUGGGAUGCCAGGGGUUGAACUCAAGUUGGCCACGUGCAAGGCUGGUGCCCUACCUGCCAUACUGUCUCUCCAGUCCCUGCUUUAGCUUUUUCUUGUAAAGCUUCUUAAUGAAUCAGAAGCAACAAACAAACAAACAAACCCAGUAAUAUAGUACUGUUAUUUUCCCUUUUGUUGGUGCUUUAUUCUAGCCAAUGGCUCCCGACUAUGCCGGGCUGGUACCCCGCUUUCCUGUGUAUCCCCCUCAGGUCGCCUUCUCCACUCCCUACUUUCCUAAAUCAGUGGGAGGGAAACACCAUCCUUGUGUGUGAACAGUUUGCAGAGAGAUUGCUGAGACUCUGCUCGGAGGUUGUCCCUAGCGGCUAAGUGGGGUUUGGCAUUGGCAGGAAGAAGGGAGGAUGGUGUUAAUGUGAGGCGGGACGCCUUUGGGGACAGUGCUGGGGAGCCCAGGCUUCCCGGGGCGGGAGGCAGGUACCCCAAAGGAGGGAGAAGUGGUGGUGAAGGAACCCCGAGAACAGCCACGUUCCCAUUCCCAGUUUGCUUCUUGGAGCAAAAUCAUCGUCCUUGCUUGGCCAGUAGAAAGAAGGUUUGUCAGUGACUUUGGGGGUUCGAAGACAGUGUUGUUGGCGCCAGCUCAGGGAAAAGCCUUUGAAAGCAGAAGAAUGUCCUUCCUGUUGCCCGAGUAAGCUGCUUUCUUUGCAACUGGUUUAUGACUUCAGGACUUCAAUCCUUAGCAGAUCAUCUGAAAACUCUUUGGGGGCUCUUCAGGGACCACGUUCAAGCGCUUCCCACCCCACCCCCUUCCUUUUAAUAGUCGGAGUGAGAAUCAGCUCGAGAAAUGAAACCCCAGGUCCCUGGAAUCCUCUGCCAAAUGAGCACAUUUUUCUCACUGACACCUCAUUAGACCAAGACCCGAGAAAACAAAUGUUUGUGUGGACUUGGCGAGGCCCGGGCUCCACUUAAUCCAAUCAUUUUGUGUAGCCCGGAUUCUAAAAUAAAAGAGAGAGGCCCCUGACUCGGUAUCCUGCGGGUCCCCCGCUGGCCCCGUCUCUCCUGUGGGUCUCAUUAGCCACACAGCAGCCACGGCUUGAGGGUGAUGACAUUGGCCAGAGGUGUCUGCGAGGGCCAGGGGCUUGUGAGGGGCACUGCCAGUGGCCCCUUCCUGGCACAGGGGACACCUGCAGGGCAGAGCGGCCUGGAGCAUCCCCGCGUGAUUCAGCCGUGCAGCUGCCCGCCCUGAGCCUUCUCCCUGAAGCCCCGGCCAGUUGCGGGCAGGCAGGAGGCACCGCCCUCCAGGGGCUCGGCCCGGGAGGAGAGCCGGCAGCCAGGUGGCCGAGGCGGAGCCGGCCAGAGUUGGAGUUACUCCAUUCGCCGGGUGUUGUUACUUGGAACCCCAGAGCGGGUUGCUGGGCUCUUCUAGGGAAACUGGGAUUCAGAAAAGGCCCCAUGCUCAGGACGUGCCCAACCUGCCUGACGUGGCUCCAGUGCAGCGUGGACAGAGAGAGCCCACCGAGACUCUGCAGGUGCUGUCCCGGAACACGCCGGCGACCCCUUCCCUCCCUGUCUCGCCUGAUCCCCUCUGCCUGCCGCCCCAUUGCUGCCUGCCUCUCCCUCCCUCCUCCUCCUGGGCCUCCUUCCUCCGCUGUGAGGGGAAACUUGGCACCAGCGGCUCCCAAAGCUUGUGCCUCUCAGCGGCAGCAUUCCAGAGGGGGCUGCCUUCCUGCUGGCCCCAGCCCCGGCGUCUCCAGGGAAGGAGCCGGGGCUGACCCACUUUGGGACAGCCACGGCCAUUGUGGGGGAGGCCGCCUCCCGCAGCGUGAGUGCUGGGGCUGCCAGGGAGGACCGUUUCCAAAGGGGCAGGAGGACCGUGUGGGCAGAGCUGGGCCCCGUCCCUCUGGCUCGCAGAGGAGCAGGGAGAGAGAAGGCUCAGGGAGACCACAGAUGCAGCCUCGACACCCCCAGGCCCCCCCACCCAGAGGCCGGGCUGCGAGGCUGCCCCACACCCUCUUUCAGAGUUGGGCAUCCUUUGAACCGUUCUCUGAAGGCAUGCCCGAGUUCCUAGCGUGUUUUUUGCUCAUGUGUGCCUCCUGGGAAGGUCCUAGGUUUCCCCCAGGAGGCGCACGGUGAUUGGGGGAUUUGGGUGCCCGACCCCAGGCACAAGGGGCAGCAGGCGAGGAGGUCGCAGUGGCCAGCCUGUCUUCCCACAGACCUGCCCACACCCUGGGCCUCUCUCGGAUCCAUUCCCGCACGGCCGUGUGGAUCCGCCCGCCAGCCCUGGGCGGGUAGGUGUUGGCUUUUAGUUCAGUGACUCACGCAGCAGAUAGUAAUAGUUGAUCUGCAGUUAAUCUCGGCUCUCCCUGCAGUGCUGGCGAGGGCUGUGCCCAUCGCUGUGCAUGUCUGUCACAUCGCCCCCCCAGCCCCUCCCCUCUGCAGGACGGUCACUGUGCAGACUGACGGGUGACUCCCUGCCUCGGGGCACCCAUUCCACGGGAACUUCAGACGCUCAGCUCCAGCAUUUCCCCCAGAAAGAAAUUGAAUUGAGGGGCCGGAGUGAUAGCACAGCGGGUAGGGCGUUUGCCUUGCACGCGGCCAACCCAGGUUCGAUCCCCAGCAUCACAUAUGGUUCCCUGAGCACUGCCAGGAGUAAUUCUGAAGUGCAGAGCCAGGAGUGACCCAAAAAGUCAAAAAGAAAGAAAGAAACUGCAUUGAGCCUUAGAAUUGGAGUUAGUAGUUAGAUAGUACAGGAGGGAAAAGGAGCUUGUUUCGCAUACAGCCAGCCUAGGUUCCACCCCGGUGCCUCCCGGUCCCCCGAACACUGCUGGGAAUGACCCCCAAGCACAGAGCUAGUGUGGCCCACCUCUCCCCAGCCCCACUCUGAAAACAAAGAACCGGGAAUGUCAAGGGCCACAUGGACUCAGAGUUUCAGUGGGUCCUGGGGACCCUUGCUGAAAGGUUGCACUUCCCAUAGGUCCUUGUACCUCUCCAAAGGCGGACUAGUGGCCCAAGUCUCUCUGGCCGCCCGGGCUUACCUGGCGAGGGCCGCCUUCUCUCCGCCUUCUCUCCGCCUUCUCUCUUUCCAAAGCUCCGGAAGGCUUGUCCGCCUGGCCCAGACCUGGCCACAUGUUCCUGUCUUACCCCCUCGGAAACCGGGAUCAUGGAUACCGUUUUUGGUCGGUCCAGGUUGAACUAGCAACACCAGUGGUGGUCAACGUGUCCAAGAGCCCUCUGCCCCCACCCCUCCCCGCCCCGGGACUGCAUAAUGUAGAGGGAAAAGGCAGGAACCCCAUGGAACGGGGUUUUUGAGAAGACCAGGACCACUGACCGGGGCCAGCAUUACGGGCUGGCGGACGGAGCAGCACAGCAGAAAUCACGGUGCGGGUGAGACGCACGGAGAUUUGUAGAGGCUCUCUGGGCCAGCGGGCAGUGGCCUAGACGUGUGGGACCUGUCAGGAAAAUGCUGCAGAAGGGUCUUGAUUAUUAAUCAAUGCCCAGUUGUCCAGCCGCCACGGCUGAUGGUGAGUGGAGUCCAGUGUCUGCCCGGGCCCAUCCCCUCGAGACAGGCCGGAAGAGCCAACCUUGCAAGCCUGCUGUGUUUUGUGAGCCUGGUAGGAGUUUGCACUUGAAUUGGGUGAUGGGGUAAUUUUGACUUAAUAAGCCGUUCCCAGCGAUCGCUAUGCGGUGGGCAGGGCGAAGAUAUACACUUCAUCCCGAGAUGCUGACCGGCUUGUGGGGGAGACGGCUGGACGCCCCAGGAGCCCCAGACUGGCGUCGGCGGGGGAGGGGGGCGGGCAGGGCCUGCUGAAUUGUGUCUGGGAUGAGCCCCCAAGGUUUUUCUUCCUGAAUCACAGUCCCUGCCCGCCAGGCCCACCGGCCCACCUCAGGCCUCCCCUCGCUGUGGACGCCUCCCAGCUCCCAUCGGCCAGGCCUCGCCUCCUCACCAGCCCAUCCCAGGGCUGCAGAGAGAGCUCAGGCACACUUGGUCCAGGUGCUGGGCUGUGUGUCCUCCCGGAUUCUGUGGCCUGAGCCCUGGGGGACACUGGGAGGAUGGAGGGGGAGGGGCAGGAGAUUCCGAGGCUUUCUCUCCCUGCUGUUUGGAGCUGGGUUUCCCGGAUCGGCCUUGGACACUUUCUGUGUCUCUGCCGGAAGACCGUAGCUUUCCAAGGGGCUGCUGAACAUCCCCUCACUCUGCUCUCCCCCCCCCCACAAAGGGGGGUGGUGGCUGUAUCGGUUUGGGGGGCUGUGCUCUGGAGGACGGAGCUGUUUCCGUGUGGCAUGUCCCCAUGUGCUGCUGAUUUAUGGGACCGAGUCUGCCCUGAAACAGGGAGUGAAAUCAUAAAAUUCCCGGUGCGUCCCCGCUGGAAGGGGUUGGCUGUGCCGUGGCCCAGAUUCGAUUAUUUGAAUCUGAUGAAUAGCAGCAAUUUUCUGGCCGCAGGAACAGCACUGAGGCCCCCUUCAUUAUUGAUGAGGCCCCUGCGGGCCCGGGGAGCACCAGGUGGGGGGCUGCCUUCACUCCAGCCCUGGCCCAGGAAGGAACAUGGAGCCCGCCGGCUCCUAUGGGGGCUGGCUGCCUGCGGUGGGAUCGGGGUCACGCGCAGUAGCGGGCACCUGCGCUGCCCAGCAGCUCUGUGGGGAGGGUGGUCAUGCCCCUUGGACCAGCCACUGUGUCUGCUGGGGCCUGGCUUCCUCGCAGGCAGGACGCGCCACAGUGGCCAGCUGGCCAGUGGGGGACGCUGGCGGGCGCCACACGGACUUCGCUCAGUGCAUUUUUUUCUUCGUCACUUUGUGCACCCAGCAGAGACUUUGCCACACUGGGCACACCCCGGAGGCCAGGAGUGUGCAAGGGCACUGAGGCGGAGUGCGGAGAAGGCGGCUGCCCAGCGGGGCGGGCCAGGGCCAGGGCCGAGGUGGGAGCCACACCGAGCUUGUCUCGUCAGAGGAGGGAACCAGCCUCCCUGUGAAAACAGAAAACUGCAGGGGCCGGCACGGCUGUGGUCGGAGAACAAGGGGGCGAGCGUGGAGCUGGGACCAGGGCGCCUCGGAAAGGCCCCCGGGACAGCUGGGCCGUGGGGGCAGGCGGGAGCCGUGGGCCUGCCGAAGUGACGCGGGGGUUUCUAGCUUGGGUAACCAGGGAUGGAAGCUUCGUCCUGGAGAGCGACCAGGUGAAUAGGGAAGAUCAGCCAAAAACUCUGAGAAAGUGAUGGGAAGGUCCCGGUGACAUCAGGUGAAGGGGGCGAAUGUCCUGCUGGAAGCAUAGGGCGGGUAAAGAAGGUGUUUGGUGGGGCCAGACAUGGGGAACGAACACCCGGGGCAGUUCAGGAAAUACGGGAGCCCCCAGCUGGAGCGAUGCCAUGGAGAGGGGGUCUGGAGGCAGCAGGGAGCAGGACCCUGAUGCCAGACAACAAGAGGGUGAACCAUCACAGUGGCUUCCACAUGAGCGCCUGCAGGCCCGCCAGCCUAACCCCGCCUGCUUGCCAGAGCAUUCUGGGCUCCCACUGGCCUCACAGGGACCGCAAGGGACAGUGGCCAGCUCCCAGGUCUCCACACACCUGUCACAGCAGCGCCUCUGUGGCCCCGAACCCCCUUCCACCAGAAAAUAAGCAGUAACAGCAGAAUUGAAAGCAGAUCUUACAGGGAAUGGAUCACGCUGUAGGCGAUAGAGCAGCCCCUUCACGGGAAGAGGCUGGGCCUCGGCCCCGUGUCUGGGCCACCUCUGUCGGGCUCACAGAACUCAGUAUAGUGUCUGCCCACCAGCCCCCGCCAAACCUUUUGGUGCCCAGAAGAGCAGUGGCCCAGGUGUGCGGGCCUCUGGGGGUCUGUCCUUGGCCACUUGCAUGCCACCCACCCAACAGGACUCCAGGCUUACUCCUAACUCCGUGCUCAGGGUUUGCUUCUGAGGGGGCUCAGGGGACCAUGUGGGAACCCAGGUCAGACACUGCAAGGCAGGUGUCCUGCCCCCGUGCUAUGGCUCUGGCCCCAACGAGGCUCUUCUCGCCUCCCACGCCUGCUCUCCGAGGUGGGCGUUGAGUCUCCCAUUUCACAGCUGGAUAAACCAAGGCCCAGAAAGAGGAAGCGAGUUACCCCUGAGUCCUUGGGCUGGGCUGAGGAAGACCAGGUUCCACCAGCCUCCCGAGCCUCCACAAGUCACCUCCUCCCCUUGGGGUCCCCGUUGUCCCUCCCCAGGUCCCACCCAUCACCCUGGGAUGGCCCUCAGCGCUGUGGGUGUCGGUGGCACCGGCCUGAUCCCCCGGAGCUGAUCUCUCUUUCCUCUCAC